UACUGUGUGGUGCACGUAUCCUUCCGCUUCAUGGCCCAAGUUGUCCGGUGCUCAGUUUAGCUAUUGCGGAUUGCGUUACCAUACACUGGCCAUGUACUGGACAUGCCGGGUACUGUAUAUUCGGCAGAAGGAGUUGCGAGUGACUAAUUAUGUAUGCCCUGGUGUCACGGACUAUUUCUCGUCGCGCAUGUAUACAUGGUGUUUAUCACUGAUGAAAACUUACAUACACGGAGAAGAAGUUGGAGAGCAUCAGAUUUGUAAAGAAAUUGAUGGUGUUUGAUGUUGUGUGUUGAUUUGGUAUAUUUGGUGUGGCUACAAGGUGGAAGACCCCGACUAUAGUAACAGAAGGAAAAACAUCACAGGGCCUUAUUUUUGGUAAAAUGACUCUAGCACAAUCUGAAGAUUAUGAUGGCACAGUUCCUAUAGACACCAAAUCUAUUGUCACACACAAAAACAUUCCAAAUGAUGAAUUGUCAGACUAUGGGACUGGCGGAUCCUCUCCAGAUACAGAUGAUGUACAGAAUGAAGAAGAGAACCCGUGUGACGUCCGUUGUUUGGGUUUAAGGCAACAGGUUAAUGAGGCAGAUGGGGAUUCAACAAGAAAAGAUUUGCCGAAUGUGUCUCACACAGUAACUUGCACAGUCACAAUUGCUUUUGCCAUCCCAUCUAUACCCAAAAAAGAAGAAGAUGAUCCCAAACCUGCUCACAAUGGACAAACUGGCCAUAAGCACCACAACAAGCUGAUUGAGGCUCCUAAAGCACAGCAGUAUUUCCACUUUGAAUAUUUUCUACUCCCUGAGGACACAGAACCCACUAAAGUAGAUGUAGUCUUGUUUGGGGUUGUGGCUAAGCUGUACAUGGAGCAAGAGUCUCGGUUGUUAAAACCAUGGCAAGAAAAUGAUAAAACAUGGUUGAUAUGGAGCCACAGUGUUGAUCUCUGUGUUACAAAAGAAGUUUUAUUGAAAGCGUUAACACAUCGUAUACACAUGAAGGUAUGGGAUACAAAGGACAAAGUGUCAGCAAAAGCCAGAUUUGAUCGGCCAAAGGCGUUUCGAGUGCUGCAGGUGAAACAAGGAGAAGUGAAGCAGUUGGUUCUAAAUCAGAGAAAACUGUUUGGAGAUAGUCUUCCACGACCAAGUUUUAUUCUUCAGAAGAAUGGGGAUACUGUGUAUCAAGAGGAUAUCAAUACUCAGGCACUUAAAUGUACGAGUGAGACGUUACCAUCUGUCAGAUUCGCAGAACCUAUCUCAUCAAGCCCUAUGAAGGAAAAUCCAGUGAAAAAGUCAGAAAUACUUAAUACUGACUUAUUUUCCUUGAAUCGGAAAGAAAACCUGCCAGCAGGACGGAAGGAGAGGCAGAAAUCAUCAAGGAGCCAGAAAGAUGGAAAAGCUUAUUUACAGAAACAUCAAUUGGACACACAGUCUUCAAAAGUCAGGAAAUAUUCAGUAACAGAGAAGCAUGAAAAAGAUGCAAGUGCUCAAUUACUGCAAAGAGAACGGAAGUGUUUGACUUUGGAUGUUCGUUUCGUGCCACUUACUGCAGGAGACUUAUCAGUAACAGGUCGUCUACAGAAGUGCUCGGAUAAAAUAUUGGACGGUUAUAUGACUCUGGCCAUAGACUCCCCUCUAUUGUCAGAGCAACAGAGGCAGGAUCUCAAUCCAAUGGUUAUUCGUAUCCUGUCUGCUACAUCGCUUCCCACAGCGCCAACUCCAAUCAGUGUUUUACAGGAGAAAUGUGUGCCAGUGUACUGCAGAUACAGAUUCCAGGAUCAGCCUUUUCACCAGACGCACGAACAGACACAUGGAACUCAUGUUUUCUUUAGGGAUGUCAAUGUUGUUUUUGCAGGAACCAUAUGUCCCGGCAAGCUACAUGAGUUUCUUCUUGGGCCCCCAAUAGAGAUUGAGGUACAUGAUCGUGAUCAGAAAAUAGAAGAGGUUGUCAGUAAGCCGUCACUUUUUGGCAUGCAGCCUGAAGAUGAAAAACUAAGUAAUGUUGGUCUUGUGACUUCUAAAUGUACUGUGCAUAAUCCAUUCACAGAACGAGACAGAUUGUGGGAUCCUUAUGGGAUUGCAAAGAUAAGCUUGUCUGAACUGGCCUAUGGUGCAACAUAUUUAAAUGUUUGUGUUCCAAUUCACAGUUGUGAGAGACAAGAUCCUACUGGGUGUCACUCUGAUAGCAAAAAUGGCAAAAUAGUUGGCGUUAUAGGGUCAGUGGAUGGCCCCCAGGAUUCACCCCUCCCAGUAGGACACUAUUUGGAUGCCCAAUCACAACUCAAAAUAAGAGUAGACCUGGCAGUUCCACUUCCUUCAGAGGCGGAGUCUCCCGAAUGUCCCUUUGGGCGCAUUGUCUACAUCUUAGAUUAUAAGAACAAUCAAUUAUUUCAUGAUGUUAUUACAAAAAUUACUGAAGUCAACUCAAGAGCUCUCGGCUUGGAUCCUAACUCAGUGAAUAUCGCUUUGGAUGCUCUUUCCAAAUUUGGUUUAUCAGAUGAUCAGAAAGAUGACAUUUCCCUGAAUGUUAUAACUGGAGUUCAUAUUAUGGAUGGAGCAAUUCAUCUAUUUAUUUUAGAAGGAUUGAAGCAAGAAGCUAUUAAGGAGCUUUGGGAAACCAUACCAAUUAGGCCAUCAGGAGACCAGGGAAAGUUAGAGGUUCUGUACAACUCAGAAAUGGCAUUUCAUGAGCGCUUAUACAAAGAUCUUGGAGUUUUGGUGUGUCACAUCAGUCUGCAUAAGCCUUUGUCCUUUUUUUUGAAUCAGCCACUUCUCUACAUCAGGGAUAUGGUUCCUCUACUGUGUUUUCAGGCUUUGUCAAGGUUAGACUAUAUCUGCAGUGCCAAAAAAUUACGAGACAUCAUCCAUAGCGACUUGUUGCCCUCAGUAGAAAUGAUACAACUUCUGAGUCGGGAAUUUGGGCGUCCGUUUAACAUUGGAGAUUUGUUAGCUGACACUGAGAACUCGUUCAAUAAAACAGGGGUUACUUCAGAAAAGGAAGUGAAGAGAUGCCGCUUGCACAGCCCGCUAGACAACUUCAACGGACAAUACUUUCAGUGGAAGUACGGGAUGAGCAUGAGACACAAGGACAAAAAUUACAUUCAGAAAAAUGUUGAGAAAGUUAAUCAAAUGAGCAUAAUGGUGAGAAAACCUAAAGUGGAGUAUGUGGAGGUCAGUCCUGUGGAUAGAAUGCUUAUUCACAACUACAGUACUCAGACAUUCAAUUCCACAGAACUGGCACAAAGGAUUUUACGACAGAAAAUGGCAGAGAAACCUAACCACAGAUAUACAUACUCUCAAGACUACCAAUCCGCCACUGUGAGUCCAGUGAACAUUGAACAGGAAUUGAAGGACAGGGCUGUAAAGUCUAGAGAGGAAUGGAUGGCACCAAAUGGAUUCCUGUAUCCAGGAUUCAAAAGCAGUAUUGAUGCCAACAAACAUCCCCAAAAGCCAGAUGAUUCCCGGAUACUGGAGUUAACAAAGGUCUGGAAGGAAAAUAUCCUUCACGCCAACACCCUGCAGCCCACCCUCUCCAGGGACCGCUGGAGCUGGGCAGAGCGCUCCAUUGACUUUGACCUGUACAGGAAGUCCCCAGUGAGGUGUUCUCUGUCAGCCCAAGUUACUGUCCCCAUUACAGAUGAUAGUUUGCAGGGAGAAUAUAGGGCUGUGCUUCGGACAGCGGAGACAAAGCAGAACAUGCAGUUCCUCCGUUGUUUGCCACAGACAGAGCUAAUCUCACAGGGACCUCAAGCAAGUAACCAACAAAGCAAACUAAAAGGCCUAUUAAAAGAUAAAGGAUCCAAACUGGCUCUGCGAAAGGCUGGGCUAGCACUGAAAGUUUGUGAUCCAGUGUCACAAUGGCAAAGCGGCUGGCUGAGUGCCGGGGCGUCACUUCCGCAUCAUAUGGUGCACAGCAGGAUGCCAGGCAGGAAGUUCGGCUGGCGGGGCCAUGGCGUACGCCGGUGGGGAGAUUCAAUGAGGGAAAUCAAGAAGCUAAUAAGGAAGAAACAGUAUCACUGGCCGAACACGACAGGAGAAUGCCACAAAAAUUGAAUCCAAAUGAGAGGAGCCGAAAACGCUGAAAUAAUUAAUCAAUCCAUGUCGGAGAUCUUUUUUGAAGUAGUCACUCAAUGCCUGAGUUUCAGGGAGAGAAAGGAACCUUGCCAGAUCAGUUGGACAUUACCCCGUGGGAAUGAGGUGAUAAAGCUCUGUCCGGCAUUUACUAAAGACAUCAUGGAAGCACUGCUUUUGUGAUGGAAUUGUGUGGUCAACAUCGCAGAGGCAGAGGGCAGUGUCUGAGAAGGAUGAAUCUUAUGGAGUCAGCAUCCCAACCAAGAGGGACUGCAGAAGAGAACUGGCAGAAUGGAACAGUCCAAGUGUGGAGAAUGUAGCUAUAACCAGGGUAGACUGGUUCCAUUACUGCCCUUAUAUCCACCAUCUCAGCAAAUUGGUAUAUACUAUAAUAAAGCAUACACUGUACAUCCA